AUGUCGAUGAAUUUGCGCGAGUAUGCUGCCCAUGUCUUCGCGCAUGCUGAAAAACUGCAGUCGUUUCUGGACAGUCACGGCGAAAAGCUUGGAUUUGAAGCCGAUGCUCGCCCCUCUAGACACUUUCCUCAGGAGCUCCAAGAAUCUCGAGUUGCCUUGAUGUCGGCAUGUCAGACCAUGUAUGAUCUCGUGGAAGGCGCCGAAUCUACGAUGCUCUGGUCACCACUCGCCGCAAUUCAUGAUGUUGGGGCUUACAAGCUUCUCUAUCAUUAUCGACUCUGGGAGCUGGUACCUGAACAUGGAACAAUCUCUUACGAAGCCAUGGCCAAUCCAUUAAAGUUAGAAGUCAAACGUCUGACAACCUACGUCCGACACCUCAUCACCAGACGCAUUUUUCUCGAACCAGAGCCCAACAGAGUUGGACAUUCGGCGGCAUCGCUCUUCCUUGCACGCAAUGAAGGUUCACAAUGCUGGCUUGGUGCUUGUACCGAUGACAUGCCAGAAGCUAUACAGGCAUUGCCAGAGACAUAUGAUAUCCACGGGCUCGUCCUAGACACAAAACUUAGCCCUUUCAACAUCGCUCGGAAAGAUAAUUCUAUGGGUGCCAUGGCACUUGUCCUAAGUGACAAGCAACGUGGACCUCGUUAUUCUAAAGGGCUUGGAUGGGUAGCAACGACAGAAUCUUGUUCCAGUGAAAUCAUUUUGGAUUCUUAUCCUUGGGAGCAAUUCGGGCUCGUUGUUGAUGUGGGAGGUGGCGAUGGAAAUUUCAGCUUCAGCCUAGCCAGAAGAUAUCCCAAAAUGCGCUGCAUCAUUCAAGACAUCGCUGCUCAAGCUUCGUACUUCAAGGCUCCCGCGGAUAUCGCCCAUCAACUAGAGUAUCAGGUGCAUGACAUCUUCACGCCACAAAAGGUGCAAGCGGAUCUUUAUGUUUUCAGAAUCGUCUUGCAUGUCUUCAGCGACGACGAGCAAGCCGCCGCUCUUUUGAGAAAUGUCCUUCCGGCGAUGAAAGAAACAUCGCGAAUUGUGCUGGUGGAUAUGGUGCUGGAUCCUAAUUACCCAAUUGCCUGGGCUCACAAACAAGCGGUGUGCAACUCUCAAAUGACCGACUUGGUUGGGAAAGACCGAACGGCUGAAGACUGGGCUGAAGUAGUCCGGUUGGCUAGCCCAGACCUCGAGCUUGGAAGGAUUUUCUCAGCCGCUGGCAGAACCUGGUCUACCAUUGAAAUUGUUCGUAAGGGAACACAGUUGUGA